CACCGGGUAGCUUGUAAUUUUCAACUCUGACAUUUCCUCUUCUGACACCUCGUCUUUCUCCGCAACCACACAUCGCAGCCAGUCAGUGGUGACGGAAUGUCGUCGGAUGACGAGCACUACCAGCUGCUGCAGACGGCCAAAUUUUCGAUUAGGUCACCACGGGCUCGCGUUGCGAAACGCGUCCAGCAGGAGCUCGUUCGGGCCGGUGAAAGGCGUCAACGGCGCGCCCCGGCUGGGAAGAUGCCGGUCAUGCGGCCACGACGGCAGGAAGCCCACAAGUACCUCCCGCAGUGCGACCAAGUUAUGCAGAACGCGGUGGACUUGUACAUUGCCAGCCAACUUCAGCGCAAAGCUGUGAUGGAUCAGGCGCAGUACGACGAGGUGGUUCGAGGGUUGACGGUGGCAUUUUUCCAGCAGCCACCGUCCGUUCAGGCGCAAUACUUGAGGGCUUCGGUUUUGCCCCAACCGCGCACCUCACCGCCAUGCUCGGAUCCUUUCCUGUUGUUCCUGGAACUGCACCGAAAACAAACACAAUUCGAUCGCCAUCUGAGAGACUCCCAAACCGGAAGUAACAUAGACAUUGGCUCUGCCGCCAUCAACGCGGAACGUGCGGAAACCGGUGGAGAACCGGACGAAACGCGACUUCACCUUUUGACCUGGAAGACCUUCGUGGCGGAUGCUCGAACUCUCUGGCGGCGGAUGCGUCCCGACCUGAAGCUUCCGUUUUACGUUCAAGCUAAUGUGGGAACGCAUUUUCCGGAAAGUAUGGACGCUGCGAUUUGAAUGCGUGGUUGAUUUGAACCG